GUAGUUUUUUUUGUAACCAAGAUUGACAAUGUACUUUGUUGUUUAGCCAAUGACGAGAUUGAUGAAUUUGGACAGUCAAGGACAUAUCGGGGUGCACACAGCCGGUAUCCUGUCAUGUCCCUGUUUCUGCUUUGCUGUGUUUCUCCUUUUAGAUUUAUGAUUGUCUGCUUUUCAUUGCCGCCGCUAAAAUUCGUUAUCUUCCCACAUUAACUGGUUCAUCAUAGAAGACAGAUCGAAACCGAAUCCAAUAAUUUGACAUCAGAAGAACCCCUAUUUUAGUAAGUAACAAAAGAGGCACACCUCAUAAUCCUCACCCUCCCUGAUUCACUUUUUCGAAACACCCUUUCCACCUCCAACAUCUCGUAAACACUAUUUCAUUUUUUUCUCUGCAGAAUCGAAAUCUACGGUUGAUUUACGAAAAAAGGGGUUCAUUGAUUGGUGUUUGCUAAUCUGGUUUUCUUCCAAAAUUCCAAAAUUGGCAAAGAUUGAGCAUGAACUGGAUUGGUAGAUACUACACCAGCUAGGGCUUUGAAUUAUCUGAUUUUUUAUUUCUCAAUAAAGUUUGUGAAUCAAUGGAGGCUUAUAAGACAUGGGUCAGGAGGAACAAAGACUACGUGCACUCCUUGGAGUCUCUUGCCAAUGGAUUGACCUGGCUUCUUCCUGAACGGUUCUCCACUUCAGAGAUAGGGCCAGAAGCAGUAACUGCAAUUUUGGGCAUCCUCACUGCUGUCAACGAGCAUAUAAUCGAUACUACCCCCAAUGAGAGGCAUACUGGUUCUGAUGACCAUUCAUCAUUCCCUUAUGCAUUGUGCAUAUCUGCACUAAAGGACUUGGAAACUUUGGUUGAAGUUGUCGCAGAGCAGUACUAUGGUGAUAAGAAAUGGAAUUUUAUUGCUGUUACAGAAGCUAUCAAGGUGAUAGUUAGGUUAGUUUUAUUCCAGAAAAGUGGAUAUAAAAUGCUUCUGCAUGGAGGAGAGACUCCAAAUGUCGAAAAAUAUUCUGAAGAUACAAGUUCACAACAUAGAAUUGGCAGCUUCCCGCAGCCUGAAGGCCAUCAUGGACCUGGUUGGUUACAAAAUAGUCAUGGGCAAAACCUUGGUUGGUUACAAAACAGUCACGGGCAAGACCCGUGGAAUCUUGAAGGAAGGGCAUUGUCUGCUUUGAGCAGAUUUGGAGAGAAUGCAAGGAUGAUAUCUAACCCUGUAUGGAUGCAGAGAAUUCAACAACAGCAUGCAAUUAUGAAUCCUCCAACUUCAAUUAUUAAAAGGCCUACGUUAUCCAUGAUUUUGUCUGAGAAGGGUGUUAAUGGAGCUCUAUUUGUUCUUGGGGAGGUCCUCUUUAUUACAAGGCCACUUAUUUAUGUUUUGUUCAUUAGAAGAUAUGGAGUUAGAUCUUGGAUUCCUUGGUUUCUUUCACUGGCUGUGGAUUUUAUUGGAAUAGGCUUUCUAUCACAUGUUACAAAAUCAGGGAAGAGUGAAAGAGAGCAACAGUUCCAUCUUUCUGCCUCCGAAAAGGAUGAGGUAAAAAGGCGGAAACUUUUGUGGGCACUUUACCUCAUGAGAGAGCCAUUCUUUAGCAAGUACACCAGGCAAAAACUUGAGAGCACUGAAAAGCUAUUGGAGCCUGUUCCAUUGUUUGGGACUCUAACAGCAAAAAUUGUUGAGCUUGUAAUUGGAGCUCAGACAAGGUACACGUACAUGUCGGGAUCUUAGAAGAGUGAAACUGGAAGAAAUCAUGUUUCAAGGCAAUGGUGGUUUUUUUUGGUCGGAUACAUGCUUUUUGUUGCUCUAGUAUUCUUUAACCAAGUUAUAGAUACAUGUGACAACUGAAAAUCAAAUUUCUAGUUCCUUUCCAUCUGUAUCAAUCAUGAAUUACAAAAUUCAAGAAUUCAUAACUAAACAAAACCAGCCAAAAAUGUAAGUCAUAAAUGUUGCAAGGUCAUUUGUGCAAAGUAAAUUUUAGCACUGUCGCAGAAUUUAUAUGGGCUCAACUUGUUUUUGUAUGGUAUAUAUUUGUGCACGGAUCCGACCCCUAUCGGGCCCUAAAAUUCUACCCAAGUUGGCUAAUAAAUAUGAACAUGAAAUAACUUAGAUUUUACUUUAUUGCAAUAAAAAUCGUGUAGUGAUAUUUUAAUGUCUACGUUGACAACACCCCAAUUGGCACACCCCAAAGUCCAUUCCAUAAAUAAUUAAAAUAAUCUCCAUGGCUAGACCCCAUCUAUCAGCCCCAUCUGAUCUGAUUAAACCAAAGCAUUUUAGCUAAGGUGAAAAAGAGAGAACUGGUCCAAUCUAUUAAGAGCUGAGGGGGUGGAGGUCCCAUUGCCCCACCAGAAAGAUGAACCUUCAUAUAUACUACUAUUAAAUAAUAAAAAUGGCGUGUCUCCCAUGUCAUUGGUGGUUGUGGUAGGCAAAAACCCUCUUCUCUCUCUCUCUCUCUCUCGAUGCAGCUGAAAAAAAAAAAAUGUGGUGCAGUGGUGGGGUAUAUGUAUGUGCACCGCACACAUUGAGUCCACGUUUUUUAAUUAAUAAGAAAAAAAGGAACAAAUGGAAAAUGAGAUCCCACCUAAUAUGGGUCCCCAGCCAAGAGAAAAACCGAAAGGGGACCGCUUUUAAAUGGCACAGGCGGUACUGUGGCCAUACCCCGUUGUGGCCUGCCCUACUACCCCAGCUCACCACCAGCACCACCAUAGACGGGAAUUGGGGAUGAGCCUGGGUUUAGUUAGGGACCCAUGGCUUAUGGUGCCUGCUCCUUCACGAGACAGGUGAAAAUGGUGGGAUCCCACCACCUUCACUUGGUCCACCAGCAAUUGUUUUGAUAGGCCACAUCUUUGGAAGAAUCAACCCCCCCAUCCCCCCAUAGACUGAAGAGGCCUAAGUGGUCGGGUCCACUAUAAGGCCGGAUUAGUGGUGGCGCCAUCAGAUUUACAGAUUGGCCUUUGGCCCCCACCUUAGACCUGUUGCCGUACACCACAGCCUGGUUGGACAGCUUUACAGGCGACA